AUGAGAAUCAAGAAUCUAAGAAGCAUAUCAAAGGCUUCAUCUUUCCCCAUAGAAAGGGAGAGAGUUGAAUUGGGUGAGAAAAUGGAGGAUCAGGUGAGAAGAUACUUGGAGAAGGCCGCCGGUGGAGAGGGAGACGACAAGCUGCCUCCGAAGCUCUUCGAGAGCCUCGUCUUGUCGGGCCUCCGCGUCGACCUCGUCGAGCCCGGUCGCAUCGUGUGCUCCAUGAACGUGCCCCCUCGAUUGCUGAACGCGGGCAACUUCUUGCACGGCGGAGCAACGGGGAUGCUGGUGGACGUGGUGGGUUCUGCCGUCAUGUUCACCGUCGGAGCCCCCCUCACGGGUGUCUCCGUCGAGAUUAACGUCUCCUACUUGGAUGCUGCUUUUCUGGAUGAGGAAAUUGAGAUUGAGGCGAAGGUUUUGCGUGUUGGGAAGGCUGUUGGUGUCACAAGCGUAGAGUUCAGAAAGAAAAAGAGUGGGAAAAUUAUUGCUCAGGGUCGUCAUACUAAGUAUCUUGCUGUGCCUAGUAAAAUGUGAGCAGUUUCAUAACAUGCAGAACAUGUCCAUUAUUCGUCAAUGGUUCUUAUUGGAAAUUUAUACUUUUGUGUCAUUUGAUUGGAGUACUGGCAGAUAAUGUAUAUAAUGAAAGAUUUCAGAAGCUUAUUCUCUUUA